AUGAGUGGUCCCACGUUGACGAUGCCGGCGGCCUUCGAUACGGACUCCCCCUUCCCCCGUUCGUUUUCUUCUCCAAGCCUACCGGACCUGGUCACUGGAGAUUACAAGCAACCCUCGGCACGGCAUGACGAUGACCUCCCACGAUCGGCGAGUUUCACCUGCCUGCCAGAUCUGGAGCCCCCAUUCCAGCCGGAGGCCGAUCUCCAGAGGAUAAUAUCCGCAGAUGCCCCACCAUAUUCUGACCAUGAGGACCUGACUCUGAAGAAACGAAAUUCGGAUGCCGGCCAACGACCGUCGAAGGAUAAACAGGAAGAACGCCCGAAGCUAGAGAGAUUGGGGAGGAGGAAGUCUCUGGUUGCACGACCCAAAUCUUGGAUACAAAGAGUUAAGGGCUCUCCAGAGCGGCAGAAUUCACCGGAGCCGUCCUUCACAACCCCCACAGGUGCUCCUCCAGUUCCCUCAGUCCCCAAAGCAUCCCGCGAGAAUAAAACCAAGACUGUGUCAGAGUCGUUUGCAACAUUCGCCCGGAAGUCAUGGAUGGCCUCGUCAAGAUCACCAUCCCCAAGUCGAGCCGCUGGAAAAGAGAUGGCCAACAAUGGUCAGGCGGUGGAUGAAUCGAAGACGGCAGGCAGUACAACACCCACCCAUUGCCGGUCGGUAGGACUGACCCCGAAGCUGGAAAAGGCCCGACACUCCAGAACCGAUGAGAACCUUCCAAAACCUUCCUCGAGAACAAGUUCCACAUUGAUGAAGAUGAAGCAGAGACCACAGAGCGUGCUCAUGAAUCUCACAAACUUCAACUCCACAAACUCUUCCGCGAGCAGCCUCCCGAGCAGCUCUAUGGACAACCGAUCAACUCCGCGGACAUCGACUGAUAAGAUCCCCCCUCUUCCGGCAGCCCCCUCCACCGAAAAGCUUCAGAGUCUAGGUAUCGAGGCUCCUAAGCGACGGGACGAGCUCUGGUCAGCCUUCCGUUCGAUAGAGAACGACUUUUCCAAAUUCCAAGCCAAGACCUGGUCAUUGAAGACGAAUGUAGUCAGGGCAUCCCUUCUGCCAUUUCUACGAAAUCACGCGUCACAUACUUCCAAUAAGAACCUCCGUCCCGAAGAUCUUGAACGACGAGUUAAUAUAUUAAACAAGUGGUGGACCGGACUUCUGGAGGUUCUUGAUGGAAGGCAGAACCAGACUGUUAGUGGCGUGGAUCGCCCAAUCUUGCUCGAUGCAUGCUAUGCGAUUAUGACAAGGCCAGAAUGGAGAUUACCGCCAUCACACUUUGCACCUUUAUCGGAACGGUCUGUAAAUCGGUUACCUGACCGCCUUCCAAGGUCCAAAUCAUCAUCCAACUCUCUAAACUCCUCUGUCACCCAAUUCAUGACCGAAUCUGUCUAUCACAAUACUCGGAACCUAUUCAUUCAGAAUCUCCUUUCCCAGAUGCGCUUCGUAGUCGACAAGAUGUCCCUGAGACAUGCGCCAGCAAGCCUCGUGACUUUCUGCGGGAAAGCAGUUGCGUACGCCUUCUUCUUCGUGCCUGGAGUUGCGGAAAUCCUGGCCCGUGUCUGGAAAUUGCCGGCUGACGUCCUUCGGAGGGCUGCAGAUGAGCUUGGGAUGCCUAGGCGUGUGAAUAAGCUCGAUAUGGAUGAGCUUGUGGCCGCUUUCCCAGCGCAUAUUCAAAGUCUAGGUUGGACAUCGGUCAAAUCAAUGGCUGCUCAACUACGACAGGACCCCACUCUGCCAAUUAUGGUUGCAAAGAUCCCAUGGUACGGCCCGUGGGUGGGAAGGUGGUGUGGCCGAGAUAGCGAUCUAUUCUAUGUAUUUGCAAAGCAUUAUCAUAUUCUGGCUGAGGAAUUCAUGCCUCCGGGACUUUCUCUUGCCGGAAAAGCUCGCGCUCCAGGUUUUAUCCUCGUCCAGGCACAGCUUUUGACAGCCUUAGAUGCCACCAUACACCGGCAACCCGCACCGGAUCCGAUUUCUAUCACCUUUGAUGAUGUUCUUUCCGGGGCGGAUGCUAAUGCUGCAGCUCUCCCACUUCCAUCGAACAAUUCUGCAAGGCGGAUGGCUGAAAACCGUCUAAUAAUGCUGCUUCGUGACUUCAUCUCCGAACGACCUUCGGAUGACGAACUGGCUAGCGCUACAUUCGCGGAGGCUUUUAGUAAGAUGAUGCAAGCCACAGCUCGAAGAACUUCGCUUUUCGACCAUAAUGCCUGUUUUGUUCUAUCUGAUUUUAUGGAACAAGCGCUAACAAUUUUUGUUCGAUUUCACUAUGCACAUGCGUUGGAAUCUGAUUUUAUUGAUUGGCAUUUUUGGCUGGACGUCUGUAAGAAGAUGCUCGAGAGUGAAAAUAGCAUGUCUGAGAUUCGCCUCUUUGCCUUCCUCUUCACUACUUGGAGCGUGGUUUCUGGCGAUGAGCGUCGAAAAGAGAUCAUGUGCCUGGAGUGGCUAUUGACUGAGGAGACUUUUAAUAGGUUUUUCAAUCACUGGUGCCCCAUGGUCAGAGCGUACUAUAUGCGACUUCUGUGCUGGCGGAUCUGCCGGGAUGAUGGAGAAUCCUCGGACCUCGAUGCCAAAAUUUUCUCCGUCGUCCUAUCACGCAUAAAGACCUCCUGGGUACAUUAUCUCCAUUUGGUACAAACGGCUGAAAAGUCCCACAUCCUCCCUCCAUCCACCGCGCCAUGCCAUCCAGCUCCAGGAAGGCGGCUCCUCAUCAUUCGUAAUGAUAACCAAACACCACCCCCAAGUUUAUUCCUCAGCUUCGACGGAAUCAUGCCCUCCCCAGGGGCUGCCCAACCCACAGCUUAUAAACGGCACUCAUCUCUCGCCAACCUUAGCAAACUUGACACUACUGAUUCUACGAACCCCAAACUGACGACCGAUUUACCUCAGGCACCAUCCAACAAGAAACGUUGGAGCUUCGUAGGCAAAAUGAUUCCAGCUACAUUUUCCACGCCUGGUUCAACUCCUUCGCCAACAGAUGGUCCAGGCUCCUCGCCCACAAAAUCCCAAACGCUGGAAGAAGCAAGGCGCGAGACGGCCCUCGCCCGUGCAAGACCAACUCACUCUAAGCAGUCGAGCACAGAUAGCGAAACGCCGCCCGCGACAAGCACGCAUCGUGCAUUUAGUUUUAAAUUCAGCCUAGAAUGGAGCCAGCAUUUUGAGAGACUUCAGGGACAGCCCAACGCGGGUGGGGGAAUCAGAGGUGGUGUAGGAUUCAACAUGGGAGCCGAAAGGCGCCUUUCUCCACCCAGGCUCCCGGCGGCCGCACAAGCUUGGCUAGGUGCUAGGUUACCAGGCCUUAAUCGUGAAGCGAUGCCAAGAGAUGCCAACGCCACUGGGGACUCUCAGAGCGGAAGUAGAAGAGGGACCAUAGUUCCGAGUUCAAAAUACACGGGUAGGGCGCUGGCCGAGUGGGCCCUUGUGGUUGCAGAGUGCAAUAAUUUUGUUGAGAGGCGUAGGGCCGAGGGCGUACCUUCGCUGAGAUGGGUUGAGGUCCCGACAUUAAGUGUGGAGGGCUUUAGGAGGUUUGGAUAG